UCUACUGUAAUAUAUAUAUAAAAAAAUAUAUAUAUGUAUAUAUUAUUUAACGAAUAUAUACUGUAGAUUUACAAUAUAUCAAGAAGGUGCGUAAUGGGAACUAAAACAAUCUAAAAAAUGUUUGUAAUUAAUACAAAUAAUUAAAAAAAAAAAGUGUCCCUUCAAAGUAAUGUGUAAUCUAAUUUGUAACUAAUUGUAACCAUUUGUCAAAAAGUAUUACAAUUAUGUGAAAUAAUAAAAAGUCAUAAAAAAUGACACAAAGACAAGUAAUAAAUAACACAGUUCUUAAACAACUUGUAAAAAUACUUGUUUGAUGUAAAUGAUUUGUAAUAAUUACACUACCUUAGUUAUCCAUCCAUCCAUCUUCUUCCGCUUAUCCGAGGUCGGGUCGCGGGGGCAGCAGCCUAAGCAGGGAAGCCCAGACUUCCCUCUCCCCAGCCACUUGGUCCAGCUCCUCCCGGUUAUUCUAGUUAUAUUUGUUAUUUUGAGCCACGUGGCUCACAUGGUUGAAACAACUUGAUGGUUCCUGGUACCAAUCCAGCUUCCACCGUCCGAGUCACUGCCGUUGUGUCCUUGGGCAUCAAACUUCACCCACCCGGCUCCCAGUGCCACACACACUAGUCUAUGAAUAUGAAUGAAUGUUUGGCGUAUGAAUGUGGAUUAUGUUUACGUUACAGUCUACAACUUGUGUGUGUGUAUACUAGCGGCCCCAAAGACAACAAUAAUGGAUUACAGAUACUGUAAGUGUUCACUCCAUUUAUUUUAUUUUGCUAUAGAUAGCUCAAAAUGUUAAUGAACAGCUUUUCACCAUGCUUUUGUAAUUAUAGAUGUAUAACUAUACAGCAUUUUAAAACGUUAAUUAAGGGAAAAAAAUCUUGAGAAAAUUAAAUACAAUAUUAGAGCAUGUCAACAAUAAUAAAACAUUGACUAGAUAAGAAAUCAAUAAAUGAAACAAAGCCUUUGGUACAUAUUGGGGAGGUUUACACUGUACAAUUUGACACAGAGGGUUUUUUUCUCUUCUUCUUGUGUUUGUAAAUUCCUAAACUGGAAAAGCUGAAAAUGACUCACAGGUUUGAUCUUCAUGGCCGUGGUGACAGCUGAAGACCUACUCUUAACUGGUAUGUUAUAUUAUGAAUAUAAUAGUAUAGUAUUAUAUUAGCCUUUUUACAUGAAGUUGUGUUAUAUAUAUAUUGAUGUACAGUAAAACUGUCCAAUGUGAUGACUUUUACUGCCAAGCAGGUUUUCAAGCAAUGCAGCACAAAUCUGUGAGGGUUCAUUUAAAACAUUCUUUGACAUUAAACUUAAAAAUUAAGGUAAAGUUAAAUGUCAAAUUUUUUUGCUGUGACGGAGGUGCAAGCUCAUGUAGGAGAACCCGUUUGAUAAACAUCAGAAUGCCUGGAAUGGUUCAAGCUUUGUCUUGACUCACCUCUAAGUUGGACGUUUGAUUCUGGGCUGGUCGUCAGCGUCAGCGUCAUGGACGAGACCGAGCCCCUGCUGGCCGCCAGGUCGGACGAGCAAAGACCCAGCCGCAAUGGCCGCUGCGGGUGGAGUCUUGGCGCUCCCAACAUGGACUCCGAGCUGGUGGACGACCUGAGACGCAGGCUCAAGUACUUCUUCAUGAACCCGUGCCAGAAGUACAAAGCCAGGGGUCGCAAACCCUGGAAGCUGAUGUUGCAAAUACUAAAAAUCGUCAUCAUCACCGCCCAGCUGGUCUCCUUUGGACUGAGCAACGAGAUGAUGGUCACGUUCAAGGACGAGAACUUGAUGACGUUCCGCAACAUCUUUCUCAAAGGAUACAAGGACCACCAGCUGGGAGGUCACGUUCUGUACACAAAAGCAGACGUCUAUGAGCACAUACGCUACGUCAUCGACAGAUACGCCCGACUUCAGAACCUAACCAUUGGCAACCUGGCAUACGAGAGGACCGAGGGCAAGUACACGCCUCUGAUUGUCUGCCAGGAGUUCUACAGGAACAGCAACAUUGACCUCCAGAACAAGACCUUCUACAUCGAUCCACACAUCGAUACAGAUUGUUUUUCCAUCUAUCCUGUGCAGUCUUUGGAAAACAUCAGUUUGGCCACACCUCUCAACUUCUCUUUGGACUUCAGGAGGCUGCUGUCAGUUCAUGUUUCUUUUACUCUGAAAAGCAUCAAUCUGCAGGCUGUCAGACACCACCAGCUUCCAGACUGUUUCGUCUUCCAUGUCGUGAUCACCUUUAAUAACCGCGCUCACAGUGGCAACAUAAAGGUGGCAGUUAAGAAUGACGUCGCCAUCAACCAAUGCAGAGACUGGAUUGUGGAGGGAACGUGCGGGAAGAAGGACUACUGGCUGCUCUUCUUCGACACGGCCGUCAUCCUCGCCUGCUUCACCUCGCUCAUUCUCUGCCUGCGUUCUGUCGUCAAUGGCAUCCGGCUCCAGUUUGAGUUCAGCACCUUCUUCCACACCCACUACAAUAAAAGGGUGAGGAUGUCAGAGCGCAUGGAGUUUGUGAACGGCUGGUACAUUCUCAUCAUCGUCAGCGACACUCUCACCAUCGCAGGUUCGGCCUUCAAGAUCGGAAUACAGACCAAGUUGUUGACGAGUUACGACGUGUGCAGCAUCCUCCUGGGCACAGCCACCAUGCUGGUCUGGGUGGGCGUGUUGCGUUACCUUGGCUUUUUCAAGAAAUAUAACAUCCUAAUUUUGACUUUGAGGGCAGCUUUUCCUAAUGUGAUCCGCUUCUGCUGUUGUGCCGCCAUGAUCUACCUGGGCUACUGUUUCUGUGGCUGGAUCGUGCUUGGACCGUACCACGACAAAUUCCGAACGCUGGACAAGGUGACAGAGUGUCUCUUCUCGCUCAUCAACGGCGACGACAUGUACGCCACCUUCAUGAAGCUGAGGAAGGACGGCUACAUGGUGUGGCUCUUCUCCCGGCUCUACCUGUACUCCUUCAUCUCUCUCUUCAUCUACAUGGUGCUGAGCCUCUUCAUCGCUCUCAUCACUGACACCUACGAGACCAUCAAGCAUCACCAGCAGGAGAAAGUGCCGGCGUCUCAGCUGCAGGCUUUCAUAGCUCAGUGCAGAGACCAGCCCAAGUCUGGAAGAUUUAUGAGUGAGCAGGCAGCACAAUCCUGCUGCCUCUUUUCUUGCCUUUCUUGUGGCUUUCCUGAAAAAAUGUGACCUCGGAUGUAUUCAAUUCCCAUCUCUUGUGUUAUGUUUUUGAUAUCAUGUCUGCAAACAUGCAUAUUACAACUCAACUACUGGCUAACUAUUUUGUUUGUCAACAAAAGAAACAAUCACUUUCCUAAAUAUAGUGUUCGGUGACGGACCCUGAAGACCUGGACUCAGUCCCCUCAACCUCGUGUUCGUUUGAUCGGAGGGAGAAGGAACUUGCCAGACAUUCGUAUCAGCAAAAAAAGACCUAUACCUAUCGAGGCUCUCCCAGUUCUUGUCUUCUAGCCAGUUGGGGGAAUUUUACAGCUUUUAAUGACCUCAUCUGUCUCUUUUUUUGGAUGACUUCACAAGUCUUAUCUGGUGAUUUUUGAUUUGAUCAGUGACUCAACAAGGUCCAUGGCAAUCCUUAAAUGCCGUCUAAAUCAUAACAAUAGACAUAGCAAAUUUGUAUUAUUGUAAAUCUGCAUAAAUCAAUAUCCAUCAUACAAUAAUACGGAAACAAUGGCUAGAUCAGUGGUUCUUAACCUUGUUGGAAGUAGCGAACUCCACCACUUUCAUAUGCGCAUUCACCCAACCCUUCUUUAGUGAAAAAUAAAAUGUUUUUUUUUUUUUUCAAAUUCAAGACAAAGUUAUAUAUUUUUGGUAACACUUUAGUAUGUGGAACAUAUUCUAAGUAACAAAGACUUAAUUAAGAGUUAUUUGGUUAGGGUUAGGGCCAGGGUUAGAAGGUAAGGGUUAUAAUAAGGCCAUGUCGAAUAAGGCAUUAAUAAGUACUUAAUAAUGACUAGUUAAGAGCCAAUAUGUUACUAAUUUGCAUGUUAAUAAGCAACUAAUUAAUGGUGAAUAUGUUCCCACCAUGUUUUAUUACUGGUGCACAAAAUGAAGCGUGCAUGAACAUCACCUUGUUCAAAGAACAAAAGCAACACAGUGCAUAAACUCACAACAAAUGACACACCUGCAAAUCAGUCUGACUUCUGCUGUUGCCGGAUCUGUAAUACGCCGAUAGGGAGAAGUUUUUAUUUACACGAUGAGUCGAGUGUGUUUUGACCUUUGCUGAACCCCUGAGGCCGACUCACCGAACCCCUAGGGUUCCAUCCAACCCAGGUUAAGAACCACUGGGCUAGAUGUUGAUAGUCCAACUCAUGGUUUACACAAGUGGUUUUAGUUUAUUUGGAGCAUCACGUAUUUCCAGUUUCUCAUUACAACAUGUCCAAAAAGAAGUAGGAAGAAGCAGAGUUUAUAGAUGAAACUGUAAUUACAUUAGAUAGUGAUGAGCCGUCAGGACCAGCAAGAUCAUCAUCAUAAUCAAAAAAUGAAGUAAGUUUUAAUUUAUGUUCCCUAAAUAUGUGAAAGUAUUCAUAUUGUCUUCAUGUCAUGAAAGAAAUGGAAAAAGCAAAAAUAAAAAUAACUGGGUGGAAUGUGAAGGAUGUUUAAUAUCUUUAAUGUUAAUUACAUAUAAUGCUAGCAUACACAUACACCAAAUGAAAUGAUAUUAUUGAUCAAUAUUCUGCAUGCUAAGUAUAUCAUUAGGUAGAACUGUCAAUUGUUCGUUUUCAAGUAACAAUUUGCUUGUGAAAUACAUCUA